UUCCCUUUUUUUUUUUUUGUCUUAUAGAUUACCAUUUUUCAAAGAAGUUUUCUGGAUGAUCUUUUCCAUUUAAUUUUUGGUCAAUUCUUUUAAAGUUUUGAGCUUUUGUUUUUUCUUUUUUGGUAAAUUUUUAAAAGCUUCUUCUUUCUUAAAAGCGGGAUCAUUAUGAUGAUGAUGAUGAUGAUGAUCUGUACAUAAGAGAAUUAAAGAACCCCCAACAACCAAAAUCAGAAAAAAAAAAUCAAAUCUUUUCUUUUUGCAAUCAUUCGAAUUAAAAUUCAAUUUUGCAAAGAUUGUUUUUUUUUUUGUUGAUUUCGAUCAUGGUGGUGGUUGCUUAUUAGGGGGUUGUUGUUGUUAAUCGGGUCGGAUCAAAAUUACAGUUUUGUAUCGUAAAACGAUGAGGUUCCUGAGCCUCGUCGGGAACUCAUUCGGUUGUUCUGCGUCCGGCGAACGCUUAGUAUCAGCGGCCAGAGACGGCGAUUUACAGGAAGCCAAAGCUCUUUUAGAUUACAACCCAAGACUCGCUCGUUACUCCACUUUUGGCGUUCGUAACUCUCCUCUUCAUUACUCUGCUGCUCAAGGCCACCACGAGAUAGUUUCUCUGUUGGUGGAAUCAGGAGUUGAUAUUAAUCUCCGGAACUAUCGUGGACAGACGGCUUUGAUGCAAGCUUGUCAACAUGGUCAUUGGGAGGUUGUUUUGAUUCUGAUUCUUUUUGGUGCUAAUAUUCACAGAUCAGAUUACUUAAAUGGCGGUACUGCUCUACAUCUUGCUGCUCUAAAUGGUCACCCUCGAUGUAUCAGGAUCUUGCUUUCGGACUAUAUACCAAGUCUUCCCAAUUGCUGGAGCUUGUUGAAGAAUAAGAAAUCCUCAAUUGCUGGUUUUGAUUCAAGGUCAAAUAGUGAUAUUUUUUGUAAAGAACUAGCUAGUGGUUUAGUUACAUGUGAUUUAUGUUCUUUGGAUGUAUUUUGCAGUGUUCUUCACGAAGUGAUCAACAGAGCAGCAGAUGGUGGAAUCACACCUCUUCAUGUGGCAGCUUUGAACGGACACAUAGAGACGGUGCAGUUGCUCUUGGAUUUGGGAGCUUCAGUUGCUGAGGUCACUGUCGAAGAUGGAACCACAAUAGAUCUUAUAGGUGCUGGGAGUACAGCUCUUCAUUAUGCUUCAUGUGGUGGAAACACGCAAUGUUGCCAGCUUUUGAUCGAUAAGGGUGCCUGUUUAGCUGCUAUGAACUCCAACGGAUGGACUCCAUUGAUGGUUGCUCGCUCAUGGCACCGCAACUGGCUGGAAGAAAUCCUGAACCCAACCACAGAGCAACCACAAAGCCAUCCACCAAACGUCCCCUCUCCUUUCCUCUGCCUUCCUCUAAUGAGCAUUGUCAAGAUUGCUCAAGAAUGUGGCUGGCGAGAAAAUGAUUGUAACACUCCAUGUCGUGACCCUUGUGUCGUUUGCUUAGAAAGAAAAUGCACAGUAUCCGCAGAUGGAUGUGCUCAUGAGUUCUGCACAAACUGUGCAUUAUACCUAAGCACCACAAAAUUAACAUCGUCAAAGACAUCACAAGCCACACCAGGUUCAGUCCCGUGUCCUCUCUGUCGCAACGGCAUUGUAUCAUUUACCAAACUUCCUCAUACAACAAGCAUAACAACAACAACAACAUCAUCAAGAACAAGCAUCUCAUUGUCCUUCUGCACUUGCUCCUCCGAUGUCUUAGACACAGCUCUCCUCACUAACCCUCACUACAGCUGUAGACCAGUUGUGUCAGGAACCGGUACUCGAAUUCCACAAUCCGUUAGAUCAUCAUCGUUUCGGUCCCUUAGCUGCAACCGGUUUCCUCCGAGACUCUGCCUCGGGGGCUCAGACGUGGAUGAACCGCAAAGCCGGUUAAUGGGUGGAUCAUAUUCAAGAUCCAGUUUACGGUUCAGGCGAUCAACGUCGCAGGUUGAAGGAAAACGUUCUUGGUUCUCUGCAUUCAACCAUUGUGUUACAACUGGUGGAAGUGCUUGCUAACUCAAAACGCAAUUGUCGUUUUUUUUUUUACCUUCUUAUAUAUUUUUGUUCCCAAUUUUUUUGGGAUUAAAAAAAAAAAUGCUAAUUGAUUCUGUGAAAGUGUUAAAUUAUUCAUUUUGUGAUAAUUCAAAGUGUUGUAAUAAUAUAAUUAAUUUGGCGCUGCCAUUACAUUGAAAUGGUGUGUGUGUGUAUAUAUGUAAAAAAUAUCAUUUGUGAAUGUGUA